UGGUUGUCAGAGGAGUCAGAGCUGCACAGACUCGGUGGAGGACAGAGGAGUGAAGGUGAAGGUGUUCCCUCAGCCGGCCGUGAUGGACAGAGUCGGUAUCAGCCACAGCUUUACGGCGGGGAUCCUCCUCUCGUCUGAGAACAGUCGCUCUGUCUCCGCCCCCAUCACCGCCCCCGACCGCCGGCUCCCCUGGCGAGCCGUCAUCACGUCGUCCUCUACCCCUCUGGUCGCCCCCCCGCCGCGGCCCGAGCGCUCCAUCAGCCCCGAGAGCAACGACAGCAUCUCCGAAGAACUCAACCACUUCAAACCCAUCGUCUGCUCGCCGUGCACGCCGCCCAAACGGCUGCCGGACGGCCGCGUGAUGGAGCCCGCCAUCGUCAAGUCCACGCCCAGGAACCUGAUCCGCGGCCUGCAGAAGGCCACCAGCUACGAGGCCAGUCCCGCCGUGCUGCAGAAGUGGAGGCAGAUCGAGCUGGAUCGCCAGAGUCUCAAGGUGACCUCCAAGGCCACGCUGACGACCCCGGUCAACGAGAUCCACAACAAGACGGGCGGGGGAGACGACGACCGAGGGGGCGGCGCCGCAAAGACGCGCCGGUCCCCUUCAGGACGGGACGGAGACGCGGUGACGACGGUCAACAAGAGGAGGCUUCUGUUUGAACCUCCGGCUGCAGACUCCGACGUCCUGCAGAGACAGUCUGUGAAGAUCCGGGUCCCCGCCAUCCGCUACAACAGCGAGGCCGCGUUCAGAGGCGGUACAGACUUUGAGACGACGGGUGGCGCCCCUGAGUCCGGCUGUGCGGGAGCGUUCUUCAGCCGCAGACAGUCGUUCUCUCCGUACUCUAAAAACUCCGGCUUCACGUCGUGUAAGUUAACGCCAAAGGACUCGCAGAGUCCCCGAAGGGAGUCGGACGGCAGCCUCCACAACCAGUCUACCUCGAGGAGGGGCAAGAAGAGGGAGCAGAAGACCAAACACCUGGACUCGGACCGGGACUCGGACACCAAGAGGAACCGGUCUGCGGGUCAGAUCCAGCAGGACCGGGCGCUCGCCCUGAAGCUGCAGAGGCAGUUUGACCUGGAGAACCAGACCGGAGGCCGCAGGAGGAGCCCCGACACCUACUUCCUGCGCUCCUGGAUGUCCAAUCAGAACCGCAGGAGGCGUGGCCUGAGGAGAUCCCGACGAAUCAACAAAAAGCACUAGAUCAGGACAUGGCGUGCUGACUCGCGGUAGUUCAUAUAUGCAAAGAGACAAGUGGAGAUGGUUUGAAUGUUUUUUUACACGACGUCGUCUCACCAGCAGAUCACCUGACACGACGACGUCCCACCUUCUAUUCACAGAUGAAAUCAUUUAAAGCCAACACACACAUACACAAACGAUUGUUGCUGCAGCUGUGAGGGCUGAAUAAACCAAUCAUCAACGCUUUUAUUACUAACAGGGCAAACAGCCAAUCACAGUUUAUGACCCCCCCUCUGGACACGCCCCUGCUCUGCUAACAUGGUUUAAACUCUGCAGCUGCACCAAAACAAAGUCCAAUAUGUUCCUCUGUCCACUCAGAGGCCCGGGGGCCACAGUUUGGGCCACGGUAUGGUCUGUGUCUGCUCAGACGUGUGAGCCCUCAUUGUUCAUUGCUGAACUCUCCUCUGUGACCGCCGAGGCUCAUGGGUAAUAAUAAUAUUUUUAUUAAAAACAUGUAAAAACAGGCGGGGCAGAGCUCCAUCCAUUAUCUGUCACACUUUUCCCGUUCGGGGUCACGGGGUCGGGAGCUCAUCCCAGCUGUCAUUGGGGGCGGGGCUACAUCCUGGACUAUUCAGCAGCCAUGUGGUGCUAAAAGGUCUGACAUGUUAGCUGAGAGCUCUAAAAGAGAUAAAACACAGCGCCGCCGUGCUCAGGUGCUAACACAGGAGUGAUGAUGUCAUCUGAGGUCUGCACCAACCAGAGUCCAUCUUUACAGAAAGGUUGUUCCAGUCGUGGAGACGUGACGAGGUCUCCACGUGUUUCAAAGUUCAAAUAGAUUCCUGAGAUGAUAAAAAGGAGACACUCAGAGUCUGUGGCAGGUUUGAACCAGCAGGUGGCAGUGUUUGUUCAGAGCUGCUCCACAGACUGGAUUCAUUCAUGUUGAACAGUGUGGCUCAGAGGGCGUGUUCCCGUCAGAGGGCGUGUUCCCGUCAGAGGGCGUGUUCCCGUCAGAGGGCGUGUUCCCGUCAGAGGGCGUGUUCCCGUCAGAGGGCGUGUUCCCGUCACUCAACACGGUCUGUAACAUUCGGAGGAUGGUCGGCGUGCUGAGUGCCAAAUUAUGCAAAUGAGUGUGAUGUGAAAUGUUUUGUACGAGACGCCAAGAAAACCUGAGACGAC